UCCUCUCCGGGUGAUGGCUGCUGGGGGGCGGGGGGUUAGCGCUGGGCCGCAUCCUCUCAAGAGAUCCGCUUCGAGACCGUUAACUCGGGUGGCGCCGGGUUAAAAUGGUCGAUAUUCGACCUGAAAAGCAUCUGGAAACCGUGCUACUCGUCUUCAACGUCGCGUCCCACACGGAGCCCACAGUGAAGUCCUAGUCUACGUGGUCGCUUCUGCUGAGCAGCGAAGCGGAGGCCAUGGCGGUGAAGGAGCGCAUGGAGGCGGUGCUCAACGUGGGCCUGCGGGUGCCCAGCAUCAUGCUGCUGGACGUGCUGUACCGCUGGGACGUGAGCUCCUUCUUCCAGAAGAUCCAGCGCUCCAGCCUCUCCAACAACCCGCUGUUCCAGUACAAGUAUCUGGCCCUCUACCUGCACUAUGUGGGAUACAUCCUUAGCUUGGUGCUGCUGACCCUGCCUCGACAACACCUGGUCAAACUUUACCUGUACGUCGUCACUGCUCUGCUACUCUACGCUGGCCACCAGGUCUCCAGGGAUUAUGUGCGUGGGGAGCUGGAGUCUGGGUUUGAGGGACCUCUCUACCUGGAGCCCCUCUCCAUGAACCGAUUCACCACCGCCCUCAUAGGUCAGCUGGUGGUCUGCACCCUGUGUUCCUGUGUGAUGCAGACCAAGAGGAUCUGGCUGUUCUCUGCUCACCUGCUCCCCCUAGUGGCCAGGCUUUGUCUGGUCCCCAUGGAAACCAUAGUCUUCAUCAACAAGUUCUCCAUGAUCUUCACGGGCCUUGAGGUCAUCUACUUCCUGGCCUCCAACCUGCUGGUUCCAUAUAAACUGGCCAAGACUGCCUACAGAGAACUGGCUCAGGUGGUGGAGGUGUAUGGCCUCCUGGCCCUGGGCAUGUCUCUGUGGAACCAGCUGGUUCUUCCCGUGCUCUUCAUGUGCUUCUGGUUGCUGCUGUUUGCCCUGCAGAUCUACUCCUAUUUCAGCACCCGAGACCAGCCUUCCUCCAGGGAAAGGCUGCUCUUCCUCUUCCUCACCAGCAUUGCCGAGUGUUGCAGCACUCCCUACUCCCUGCUGGGCCUGGUGUUCACCGUGUCCUUCGUGGCCCUGGGGGUCCUCACGCUCUGCAAGUUCUACCUGCAGGGCUACCGGGCCUUCCUCAACGACAACACCAUGCACAGGGGUAUGACUGAAGGUAUCACCCUGCUGAUUCUGGCGGUCCAGACGGGCCUGAUUGAGCUACAGGUGAUCCAUCGAGCCUUCCUCCUCUCCAUCAUUCUCUUCAUCGUGGUGGCCUCCAUCCUGCAGUCUAUGCUGGAGAUAGCAGACCCCAUCGUCUUGGCUCUGGGUGCCUCCAGGGACAAGAGCCUGUGGAAGCACUUCCGGGCCGUGUCCCUGUGCCUCUUCCUGCUGGUCUUCCCUUCCUACAUGGCCUACAUGAUCUGUCAGUUCUUCCACAUGGACUUCUGGCUCCUCAUCAUCAUCUCCUCCUCGGUCCUCACGUCGCUGCAGGUCCUGGGCACCCUGCUGAUCUACAUCCUCUUCAUGGUGGAGGAGUUCCGCAAGGCUCCGGUGGAGAACAUGGACGAAGUCAUCUACGUGGUCAACGGCACCUACCGCCUGCUGGAGUUUCUGGUGGCGGUGUGCGUGGUGUGCUACGGCGUGUCAGAGACGGUGUUUGGCGAGUGGAGCGUGAUGGGCAGCACCAUCAUCCUGGUGCACUCCUACUACAACGUGUGGCUGCGGGCCCAGCUGGGCUGGCAGAGCUUCCUGCUGCGCCGCGACGCCGUCAACAAGAUCAAGAGCCUGCCCACGGCCAGCAGCCUCCAGCUGCAGCAGUACCACGACAUCUGCGCCAUCUGCUACCAGGACAUGAGCCAGGCGGUGAUCACGCCCUGCAGCCACUUCUUCCACGCCGGCUGUCUGAAGAAGUGGCUCUACGUCCAGGAGACCUGCCCCCUCUGCCACGGCCAGCUCAAGAGCCAGGUCACCGCCCCGAGCGCCGCCCAGGGUAACCCGGCUGCCAAUCCCAGACUCCCUGAGGUGGGGCCCCAAGGCUCUCCAGCCAAUGGGAGGGGGGGUGACGGGACGGCGGCCCCGGUGUUAGAGGAGGAAGGAGGCGCCUUGUCGCCUGGAGAAGGCUUUUCGGGGCAGUCGGCCUGCCCGGAUUGUCCCUCCUCAUCCUCCGCUUCCUCCUCUUCCUCCUCACUACCCACGCCGGCCCCUCCCCCCUCUGCCCCCUCAGAGAGCCAGACUGACAUCACAGCCCUCUGCUCCUCGUCUUCCUGCUCUUCCUCCUCCAGAAGCCAUGACGCCCUGGAGCCUUCAGGCUCUGCUCCAUCUCCCCCCUCCCCCCAGCCUGUGCCUCCCGUCCCCUCCUCCCCUCAGCGUCCCUCACCCAGUGCAGCGUGGUCGGGGCAGGCCGCUGCCGACCCACAGCCCGCCCUGCGGCAGCGCGGCGCUCCCCCUCGGCCCGUCAGCCAGGAUUGGGCCAGCUAGAACGUGGCGUGCGUCACCAUGUCUUCACACGUCGCCUUGAGUCUGUUUUUUGAAGAGGCCUCACACAGGGACACACGGGCGCCCUGCCAAACGUGGGCCUCUUCGUUGUCUACCCUCAUCCCUUCUGGAAGGCUCUGGGCUUUGGUCUUUCUGGAUGCUCACUUCCACGCCCGACCACGUCACGUGUGGUUCCAACGACACCAAUCACUUUCAGAAGGCCCGUGCGAGCGGGUUUUUCAGACUCGGGAGCACCAUGAGAAAGUAUUCCACAUCUAUUCCUCAGUAAGAAAACCAAAGUGAGCAGCAGUCCAGAACACGAGGGCCUCUGGCCUGGUCGGUUUGGACCAGCCAUCAGCUCUGUCCAUGGUUGGUACUGCAGUAUUGCUCCAACAUUAUGGUUAAUAAUGAGCACAGACUGUUGAUUGGUUCAGUCAUCAUGUUGCUAAUGGCGACAGUAAGGGUUUGUCUCGUGUUCCAGCAUCCCCAGGUUGUCGUGGGAACGACCUCUCUGGUUUCCCUCAUGUCUUGUUUUGGUGUUAGAUUCAGAAGUUAGGCUGGUCCCAGCAAAUUAUACUCACUCAUACUCUUUCAUCGUGGUCAACCCUUUCAUGUUGUCAUUUCCGCACAAUUCGCAGUGUGAAGAAACGAUGACACGCACUCACUCACAGCAGGAGGGGCGCAGAGUAUUUUUGUAGUUGCGUUUGGCAGAGCAGAGGUUGUUAGAAGCUCGUUGCACGCUUGAUGCUUGCACGCCACACAGCAUUUGUAACGGCCCUCUCCGCCGUCACCCCUUUAGCAGCGGAUGUGCGCACAUCUUCCUCCGCCAGCGUUUGGGUUUCCCGCUUUGCGUUUGCACUAAGGUCCUUUUAUGACGACGGUUCAAGGCUGCUGGGUGGCCCGCAGCAGGUUACCCUCAGUGGCGUGUUUCCAUGCUCAUGUAUAGAACUGUUACUCAUGAUACAUAUAUAUUAUAUUAGGAGAACAGUGUUAAACGUGAGCCUAUAGCCCUGAAUUUCCCAAGAGCAAACUAGUAUACAAGAUCGUAUGUUUUGUUUUUUUCUUUGCUGGCCUACGAACCAUGUGUUUUGUGUGCUAGUUCGUUAUUGGGAAGCGGGCGUUCUUCUCUGCUCCGUAUGACGAAGCCAGCUGGCGUGAACGCCCCAGCGCCCUCUAGGGGCCGGGUGGGAUCAGCACAGGCGCAGAUCGAGUGGAGAAACUGAACAUCUAACAGUAUUACUAUUAUUUACUAUUAUCAAGUAUCCUUAACAAGGUUAUUAUUUGUGUUGCAUUAUUGUAGAGCAUUGGUUCCAGGGUCGAAAAAUGAAUACAUGUGUGAUGUAGGAUAUUCAGACCCGGACCGCUCUUGUUUACCUAAGUGUAUUUUAUUUUUCUAGAAGAUGUGGAGUAUGGUUUGUUUUAGCACAUCUUGGUUCAGAAAGAUGAGCCAAUGGAUUUCUUGAAGGACACCUUUUUAUGUUUUUGGAGUAUCAAACUAGGAAUCCUUUGUUCUUUGAGCAGUAUUUGAAGAUGAGUACGAUGCUGGUACGAUUUAGAAUCGGGUUUGAUGCACAUUGGAUUCAGCUUCGCAAUUUAAACAAAUCUGGUGUCCUAAUGUAAGUUAAGCUGAUAGAAAAUGUUCUUAAAGCUGAUAAAAUGUCAGAGAUGAAUGUAUGACUGCUUGUUUUGAGUUUUUAUUUCUGGGUUUAAAUAAAUAUUUAUUCCAUAUUAA